GGAUCUGGCGCCGCGCGCGGCGUCCGGGAGCCCCGUAGCCCACUGCUCUUCGCACUUGCGGUGCCGUUCCCGGGCCACCCGGGCGUCGGGCCAUGGCGUCCCCAGCGGCAGACGUGGUGGUGAUCGUUGGCAGUGGACUCAUCGGGCGAAGCUGGGCUAUGUUGUUUGCCAGUGGAGGCUUCAGGGUGAAACUCUAUGAUAUUGAACAACAGCAGGUAACAGAUGCCUUGGAAAACAUCAGAAAAGAGAUGACGUUUCUGGAGCAGUCGGGCUCUCUGAAAGGCUCUCUGGGUGCCCAAGACCAGCUGUCACUCAUCAGUGGCUGUUUGAACAUCCAGGAGGCAGUAGAGGGCGCCCUGCACAUUCAGGAAUGUGUUCCAGAAAACUUGGAGCUGAAGAAGAAGAUUUUUGCUCAGUUAGAUCAAAUCAUCGAUGACCAAGUUGUCUUAAGCAGCUCCACCUCUUGCCUCCUGCCUUCCCAGUUGUUUGCUGGCCUCGCACAUGUGCAGCAGUGCCUCGUGGCCCAUCCUGUAAAUCCACCGUAUUACGUGCCAUUGGUUGAGCUGGUCCCACACCCAGAGACGGCCCCCGCGACGGUGGACAGAACCCACGCCCUGAUGCGGAAGAUCGGACAGUCCCCAGUCAGAGUCUUGAAGGAGACGGACGGCUUUGUCCUGAAUCGCCUCCAGUAUGCCGUCAUCAGCGAGGCCUGGCGGCUGGUGGAGGAAGGAAUAGUGUCUCCGAGCGACCUUGACCUUGUCAUGUCAGAUGGCCUGGGCAUGCGGUACGCGUUCAUCGGACCCCUAGAAACUAUGCAUCUCAAUGCAGAAGGUAUGUUAAGCUACUGUGACAGAUACAGUGAAGGCAUGAAACGUGUCCUAAAGACUUUUGGACCCAUUCCAGAGUUUUCCGGGGCCACUGUUGAAAAAGUUAACCAGGCCAUGUGUCUGAAGGUUCCCGCGGAUCCGGAGCAUUUAGCUGCCAGACGGCGGUGGAGGGACGAAUGUCUGCAGAGACUCGCCAAGCUGAAAAGGCAGAUGCCGUCCCAAUAAGAGCUUCCUGUGAAGCCACCGGCCUUCCUUACCGGAAGUCCCAUUCGGUGGAGUCACCAGCACCCAACCCCACCACUCGGGACCAGUGGGGAGCCGGGCAGUCUUCGUGGAGGCCCGGGGCCUGGCCACAGCCGCGGGGCUGAUCGUGUCCCGCCUUGGGUUCCCAGCACACUGGGCCCGAGGGCUGGUCACUCCCGGCCACCUGGGCAAGCAAGAGAGCAAAUCGUCUGAGGAUCUUCACCUUUUAUUUUUAGUGUGAUUCCGUAUUUUAAUCUGUAGCAAAGUAUUUUCGUAAUUAUUGUCAAAUCUGCUUCUGAGUACUCCGUGGCCCUGAGGCAACUGCCUUCAUUUUGCUAAUGCUUAUUCUGAAUAAAGGUUUUUGAUUGCAUAAA